GUGUACUGGCAUGGUGUCAGUGGUUGUAGCAGUUGGGGAAGUUGUGAAAUUAAAACAGUGAAGUUUUAAUGAGAGAAAUGGGUCGUUAACUGUGGAAGUUUUAUAGGUUUGAAGCUGUGAACAGAAACAGGAGGAGAACCAUGACAGCGAACGAGGAUCAAGAGAUGGAGCUGGAGGCUCUGCGCUCCAUCUAUGAAGGGGAUGAGGGUUUCAAGGAAGUCAGCCCAGUGUCAUUUCAGUUUAGGAUAGGAAACCUUGAGGACAUCAAAGCUUUCAUCCUGGACAUCACAUGGCCAGAGACGUAUCCUGAGACAGCCCCCGAAAUCUCCCUUGAUGCCUUUUUCAACAAUAGGAUCUCUGCAGAGACGAAGCAGAUGAUCCUGUCAAAGCUGGAGGAGCAAGUGGAGGCAAACCUGGGGACCGCCAUGAUGUACACCCUGUUUGAGUGGGCCAAGGAUAACCAGGAAGCACUCAUGGAGAACCAUAAACCUGUAGUGACAGCUGUGGCGUUGACAUCAAGCAGUGAUGUAACAACAACCAGCUCAACAACCAAGAAGAGGGAGAAGAAGGAACAGCUGACAAAAGCUCAGAAGAGGAGGAUCAUCAACAGAACAGAUAAUAAAGGAGAACUGCCUCGAGGCUGGAACUGGGUGGAUGUUAUUAAAGUAGGUGCAUUUCACCUUUUCUCCACUAGAUGGUGCAGCACCUCUUACCUCUGAGUCUAGCAAUAUGAUGAACUAACUUCUUUUUGUUCUGUUGUCUCUUCUCCCUGCUCGUUGAUACAACCGUCCUCCAGCAUGUAAGUGAAACCAUCUCAGUUAAAAUGUCUUUAAACGUCCUCAACAACACAGACCUGUGUUACAUGUGUUUUUGUGUUUUUGUUGCAGUUGAGUAAAACAGGCGGGAAAGACAACGACUAAGCCUGAGGGCGGUGCCCUGAUGCUGCUUCAUGCGAGACACUGGAGUGAAGUGUGACAUCACUGCAGCCUGUCGAUGCUGCCAUCUACAAGCCCUCACAUCCAACCUCACCAACAUGCUACAAUUACAGUGGCCCAUCCACCCUGACAACCAAAGCAGGCUGGGUAACGGUCAACCUGAGGACACACACACACACAUUCAGCUAAACUGACACUUUGAGCUGGGGAUGUAUCAGCUGUGUUUUAUGUGUUUGUGGUGUUUGUGGAAAGCAUUUGUGUGAAGAGGAGCUCAUCAUCAAGUUUUAUUGGCUCACUUUUUCCCCAGAUAGUCUUCUGUCAUCUGUCAGGGUGGAGCGUGUCUGAGAUACUCACUGCCAUGAUUUCACUCAGCGAGGUUCAGCCCAGCUCUCAGGCUCUGAGCCAUAAGUGUUGGAUUGUGGUUCUAAAUGGAGCAGCAGCAGUCGAGCAGCAUCCUGCUGUUAUUCUGAGGUGUCGUGUUACUUUGUGAAAGCAGAGAAGUUUUUAAUAACACUUAACACAUUUCUUCUCUCACCUUAUUUUCAUAGAUGUUUCUUUUUCCCAAUGAUUGAAAAAGUUACAAUUUUUAUAUAUAAAUAAAACCUGAUUUGCUCUG